AUGUCGAACAACAACUCCUCGAAAGAUCUCCCGGAAACACCGGGGCGCACCAAAUGGGGUCGUGACCGGCUGCCGCACAAACAGUGCUGCAACUCGUGGUCGUUAUGGGCGAUACUCAAAAAAUGCCUCGGAAAGGAGCUGUACAAAAUCUCGAUGCCGGUGGAGUUCAACGAGCCUCUUAGUUUUCUUCAACGCUUAGUCGAAACCUUCGAGUACGUGAAUCUCCUCGACCAAGCAGCCAACGAGCCGGACCCUGUCCGACGGAUGCAAUUCGUAGCGGCUUUCGCGGUGGCAAGCCUGAGCUCCAAUCUGAACAGGAUGAAGAAACCCUUCAACCCUCUUCUGGGCGAAACCUACGAACUCGACAGGUCAGUUUCUGCUUGUCUUACAGCUCAUGAAGAUGGCUUCCGGAUCAUGGCUGAACAAGUUUCGCAUCAUCCCCCGAUUUCAGCUUUCUACUGUGCCAGUUCCAAAGGCGAAUACGAGGUUGAAGGUUGCUUGAAUCCUCGCUUGAAAUUCUGGGGCAGGAGUGUCGAAAUCAAGCCUGAAGGUUCUAUUCGCGUACGCUUCCCGAAACUGAACAACGAAGAAUACGUGUGGCAGAACGUUGACUGCUGCAUCCACAAUAUUAUUUUGGGCACGCUAUACUUCGAGCAGUACGGCGAUCAAUUCAUAACGUGCAAGGAGACCGAUCUAUUAUGUCGAAUAAACUACAAAAAAGCUAACGGACCAACUGACAUCCAGCUCCAUAGCAUUCUCGGGUAUAUCAUUAAUAAAUCAGGACAGAAAGUGUCGAAGAUCUCCGGAAGGUGGUGUCAUGAGGUGUACACAUCCUCGAUGGCCGACGAAGAGAGCAAACCGGUAUGGCAAGCGACGCCUCGACCUCCUUUUGCCGGCGACUACUAUAACUUCACGACGAUGGCUAUGGCAUUGAAUGAAAAACUUCCCGCCACUUGUUCUGCCAAACUACCGUCGACAGACUCCCGCUUCAGACCGGACAUCCGUCUCCUCGAAGAGGGCGAUCUCGACGGAGCUUCCGCCGAAAAACACCGUUUGGAGGAGAAGCAGCGGGAGGCCAAGAAGAAACAAAGCAAGACUUCGGCCGAGUGGAAACCCUUGUGGUUCGAGAAAGUGACCGAUGUGCACUGGCGCUACACGGGCGGCUAUUGGGAUCGAGCGAGCGAUAAAUGUUCGCUCGAUAUUUUUUAAAUCGUCUGAGAUUUGUCGAGCUAACGAGUCACUCCCGAAUAUCUUAGCUUCGCUUCCUGGACAGCCAUAGCCUCGAAAUGCGCUCCUCUUGAUGUGUCACCUCGAAGGGACAACUUUCCGGGAAUCGAACCGUCCAAAGUCAUGGAGAUCUGAAUGAGCAUUGUCUCGGAUCCACGUUCCGUAGCGGGGAAUAGUUGAACAAUUUUCGUAGAUGAAUCGUGUCCAUCGAUUACUGUAUCAUGGUAGUUUCUAUUGGCGGUUGUCAGGAAGAAUCAGCCAACGUCUGAUUCGAACCAACGAACUUUUCUCAAACAAUGAAAACAGAAGUGCAGCUCCCAGAGA